AGGGGGGCGAACUGCUCGCGGGGAGUCCCAGCGGCUCCCGUUAAUGAAUUAAUUUGCUAACGAGGGUGGGCUCGGCGGUUCCGUGCCCCCUCCCGCCCCGGUAGCCGCCUCCUCCGCCGGAGGGGGGGAGUGACGGGCAGCGGCUCCUGCCCCAUGUGACUGGGGAGCGGCUGCCCCCGUCCAUGGCUUGGCCUCCCCCGGGCAGCAGCAGCUCCGGCUCCCGGGGAGGAGGGGCAGGAGCUGCUGCUCCAUGGGGAGGAAAGGCAGCCCCCGAUCCCCCCAGGCGGAAGGGGGAUCCCGGGCCGCCUCCCCCCCCUUCCUCCUCCUCCUCCUCCCCCUCCUCCCCGCUGUGGGCCUUACCCGAGGAGCUGCUGCUCCUCAUCUGCUCCUACCUGGACGCGCAGGCCUUGGGCCGCCUGGGCCAGGUCUGCCGCCGCCUGCGCUUCCUCAGUAGCCGCGAUCUCCUCUGGAGGCGCAUAGCCCGUGGCUGCCUCAACUCCGGCUUCACACAGCUCGGCACCGACCUAGCGGCUGGCAUUCCAGUGAAGGAAAGGGUGAAAGUAUCUCAGAACUGGAGGCACGGACGCUGCCGAAGGGAGACAGUCCUGAAAUGGAAAUGCAAUUUGAUGCCCUGGAUGGAGCUGGAUGGCGAGUAUCUCUAUCUGUCUCAAGCGGAGAACAUCCAGGCUUACCGGCUCUGUCCAGACGGUACAGGUUUGCAGCGUCACCCUCAAGCUAUCUUCUCUGGUCACCAGGAGGAUGUAUGUCGCUUUGUUCUUGUCAACUCCCACAUCGUCAGUGGAGGGGGAGAUGGAAAUAUUGUCCUUCACAAGAUCCAUGGCUCCUACAGCGUCAAGUUCUCUGCACAUGAGCAGGAGGUGAACUGUGUGGACUUCCAAAGUGGCCUCAUUGUCAGUGGCUCCCGAGACAGAACAGCGAAGGUUUGGUCCCUGUCCGCGGGCAGAGUUGGGCAGUGUCUACAUACAGUGCAGACAGAGGAUCGAGUGUGGUCCAUUGCUAUCAGCCCACUAUUAAGCUCAUUUGUGACGGGGACAGCCUGCUGUGGACACACCUCACCUCUGAGAAUCUGGGACCUUGAGAGCGGUCAUCUGUUGACUUGUUUAGGGACUGACUUCCACCGUGGAGCUGGAGUCCUUGAUGUCUUCUACGAAACGCCCUCUCUUCUGCUUUCGUGUGGGUAUGACACCUACAUCCGCUACUGGGACAUACGGACCAGCACCAGGAAAUGUGUCCAGGAGUGGGAAGAGCCCCAUGACAGCGCCCUGUACUGCGUAAGGAGUGAUAAGAACCAUAUGAUUGCUAGUGGCUCUUCGUACUAUGGCGUGGUGCGCCUCUGGGAUAAGCGGCAGACUCGGUGCCUGCAGAGCUUUCACCUGUCUUCACCCACCAGCAGCCCAGUGUACUGCCUCCGUUUCAGUACCACCCAUCUGUAUGCUGCCCUGGCAUCAGCCCUGCAUGUCCUAGACUUCACGGCCCCAUGACGGGCACCACAGCUUCUUCUGGUCACCCCAACUCAGCAGAGUUGACAUUUGGCUCAGGGAAUCGCAGGGCAGGAGAGGUGAGAAUGGCCCCCAAGGCUUCUGAAGGGAUUUUUUUGCCUGACAGAAAGCUACAUUGAAGAGUGCACAAAGGGCCAGACUUUCUCAACCUCACCUGCCCGUUAAUGGAAAUAGAGACCGGUUGUCCUUUACCCUUUUUAUUUUGUGCAAGUCAAGGUUUGUUUUAUUACCUGUGUUCUAUUUUCUUUUUUUUUUCUCCUUUUUCUGUGGAUACAGCAAGUUGAGCCGGGAUGCCCUAUCAGCUGUGUGUGCUGGUCAGGUUGAGAUCAGCCAAGCUCUGAGCCAUGUGAAACAAGUCUAGGCUGUGUGUGGGGUGGACUGAUUUGGUGGAAGGUAAAGGUGCCUGGAGCGGGGCCCACCUUUCACCUGCGCUUGCUCUCCUGACAGCUGCUUGUGUUGUCCUUUGCAGCCAAGAGCAAGAAUUGAGCUAAAAGGCAGAGCCAGCCCUGCUUUCAGUGUAUGCCUCCCCAAGCUGGCCGUCAGGUCAGGCUGUGCACUUGGCAGGGCUGAAACAGUUGUGUUUUGCUAAAUAAAACUCUGAAGGGAA